AUGGCCAACAUGGCCCAGAACGGCCCGGCCGGGACAGCCUUCCAUGGCUUCUCGGUCUACCAGCCGGCUCUAGGGGCGGCCCUCCAGUGGCUGCCCCAGGUCGGAACCCCUGAGCUCGAUGCGAUGAUCCACGCUUUCCUUCCAGGCCCUGCGUCCAUCAAGGACAAGAGAGCGCACAUCUCGAUGGACUUCUUCGAGUAUGCUCGCCAGACCGGAGAGACCAUCAAGUUCUACCCCGUCCCCGCCACCUCCUCCUUCUCCCCUGCCGUCACCGCCUCCCCCGUCGGCUCCGCCAUCUACGACUCCGGCUACGCGUCCGGCUACGACACUUCCCCCGUCACCUCUGACCAGGGCUGGACUCAGUCGCCCGUCUCCUUUGCUCCCGUCGCCUCCUUUGAGGAGUUCACUCCUGCCUCGACCUCCAAGAAGGCCACUGCUUCCCGCCAGCACACCAUUGACUUCUCCAGCCACCCGGGAAUGCGGAUCAUGACCAAGGACGGCAGGGACGUCACCAACUCGGCUUCUCGCGGAUGCAAGACCAAGGAGCAGCGCGACCAUGCUCACCUGAUGAGAAUCAUCAAGGCAUGCGAUUCCUGCCGCAAGAAGAAGGUCCGCUGCGACCCUAGCCACAGGAAGCGCUCUGCUUCUCAAGCCUCCACUUCCCCAUCCGAGCAGAAGAAGUCUGCAAAGAAGGCCAGGAAGUCCGAGCAGCAGCCUUCUGUGCCAACUGACCAGCUCGUUGCCGGCGCUUUCGCGGCGGCGCCCGAGACCGCCACCUCCCUCCCGGUAGCGUUCGAUGCUGACCUGGAGAACCUCUGGAACGACUUCAUUGUGGAGCAGGACCCUGUCGUUCUCCCUACCGACUUCACCUUCAACGACCCUCUCUUCGACGCUUUCACCGACUCCCGGAGCUUCCACAACCCCAGCUCUGGCUCCUCCUCCGCCACUUCGCCUUCGCAAGUAUUCACUCCUUUCACUCCGGCACCCGCCACUCUCCUUGUGGAUGCACCGGAGAACCUUCUUCCUUACAUGAACCCUGGCGUCGACCUUGGAACCAGCUAUGUCGACUUCAACCUCUACUCACCCGCGUCCAGCUACUAUGAUGAGGAUCCCAUCUUCCAGCAGACUGAUGUUGGCAGCCGACACGCUGCCGCCUCGUCCAGCGCCGAAUGCGGUGGCCCGUCCUAUCAACAGCAGCAGCAGGUUCGUCCGGGCUCAAGCCACAACCUGGUCCUAGCGGAUCAGAACAGCUCUGAUUAUUACUACGAAUCUGAGCGCCACUCUGAGCCGGUACAGCAUGUUCCUGAAGCCCUACGCGCAGAUCACCGCUCCUCCUCCGCCGCCGGCACUGAGGUCUACCUGCAAGCAGUUCAACAGACCUUAUACACCGGCCGGGAUGACAGCACGGUUGCCCACAACAUCCAGUCGUCGGUUAGUCCGGGCACAUCCACCGGAGCCAGGAGGGCAAGUUCACCAUCAUCAUCACCAUCACCAUCACCAUCACCCUCACCGGCACCCCUGCUACGCACGACUGCGAUGAACACGGGCACUGUUCUCCAGUCAGGCGUACCUGGGCACUCUGUCGCCAUAACACCGAUUGCCACCACAACAAGCACGGCUGCCACCGAUGGCCGAUGCUGUGUGGAGGAAGUUGUGGGUGGCAGCUACGGCGGCGUAUCUGCCGACCUUGGAAUGCAACCAAAGUCUGGCAAACAAAGCUGUGUCAAGCAGUGCUUCGAUGGGGUAAAGGCGGUAUUGGCGACGAUGAUGGUCGCAAACUCCCCGACACGACGUCAACCUGCCGUGAAGGACGUUGCCCAGGAAGGCUUUCAGCCAUCCACGGCGCGUCUUUCUCAGCUUGUCGUGCUCGGUCUUGUUUCGAUACUCUGCGCGUCUUAUGGGACGCAUCCUGGGGGUCAAGUCGACAGCCUCGCCAACAUACUGAGCAUCAUGACUCUAUCUUUGGGCUACAUAGCACUGUGGUGUUGUGGAGUCCCGGGGACGACCUCGGUCGCCUCGAAACGCUUGCAAAUACCAAUGGCCAAGAUCCAGGCCCUCGGCUCUGCCUCUCAGGGGGUUCAGUCGAGGGCGUCUCAACGGGGGAGAACACUCCUCCGAUCGAUUGGCUACGCCAGAUCAUCCAUCAUGGUGUAG